AUGGAAGACUUAUGGAAGCGAGCGAAGAGUUUCGCUGAAGAAGCAGCCAAGAAAUCUCAAACCCUAACCAACUCCGCCAAAAUCACCGACCUAGUCUCCGAAACCGCCAAGCGAUCCCGCGAGUUCGCGGCCGAGGCGUCGAAGAAAGCCGACGAGAUCAAAACGGCGGCGCUUAAGCAAGCCGAUCAGAUCAAGUCCCUCUCCGUCUCUGAGAUCAUCCCCCCUCAGCUCUCCUCGCUCUCGAUCGUCAAUUCCGCCUCGGCCUCCGCCGUUGAGCCGCCGUCCCCGUCUGAACUCAAGAAAUUUGGAAUCACCGACGAUCUCAGAGACUUCGUCAAGGGACUCACUUCCGAUACCUUCAAGCACUUUCCGAUCCAAGAUGCAGCAGAGGAAGUCUCCGAGGUGCCGACUACGGCCUCGAAUGUGAGGAAAGAUCUGACGGAGUGGCAAGAGAAGCAUGCCACUUUCGUUCUCACUACUGUUAAGGAAAUUUCGAGGUUGAGAUAUGAAUUAUGCCCACGUGUUAUGAAAGAAAGAAGAUUUUGGAAGAUAUAUUUUACCCUUGUGAGCAGUCAUGUAGCUCCAUAUGAGAAGCAAUACAUGGAGGAGAUGAAGGUCAAGGAAAUAGAGCAAUUAAAAGAUGAUACUGUGAAGCCAACACCUGUAGUUGGAGGGACUGACCAAGCAGAAGGAUCAGAAAAGAAGAAGUUAGCUUCCAAGUCAUCAUCAGCUGAGCAGGAUUUGGAUAGUUUCCUCUUGGGUGAUCUUGAAGACAGUGAUGGGGGUCCAGAUGAUGCUGAAGCCGAUGGUAGCUUUGAUGAUGAUUUUGACAAGAUUGAAAAUUCGGAUGUCGAAGAUGAGAAGCAUGCGAAGAAAUGA